AGAAGAAGAAGAAGAAGAAGAAGAAGAAGAAGAAGAAGAAGAGAAGAAGAAGAGAAGAAGAAGAAGAAACCCUCCGGUGGCGGUGGAAGCCUGCUGAUGGCAGCACUGUAACAAAGACAAUAAGAAACUAUUUCUCAGCAGCUCAUGUGUGCGUUUGGUAUGAUACAGCAAAGUCCUGUCCUCAACAGAGAGAUGCUGACCUCGUCUUAACAGCGACCAGACGAGACAGGACAUCAGGAAACAGAUCUGACUGAUCAUGGCUGGCCGGCAGCAGAAACCUGCAGCUGCUCCCGACGGCUCAGCAGAGACCAAAAGGACGGACCUCAGAGCCAAUGAGAAGAAGUGCUCUUGGGCCUCCUACAUGACCAACUCCCCCACUGUGAUAGUAAUGAUUGGGCUGCCCGCUAGAGGGAAAACCUACAUGUCCAAGAAGCUGACACGCUACCUCAACUGGAUUGGAGUGCCAACCAAGGUGUUUAACCUUGGAGUUUAUAGAAGAGAAGCAGUGCAGUCGUACAAGUCCUACGACUUCUUCAGACAUGACAAUAAAGAAGCGAUGCAAAUUAGAAAACAGUGUGCUAUGGUGGCACUGGAGGAUGUCAAGGCCUAUCUGAAUGAGGAGGGAGGCCAGAUCGCUGUUUUUGAUGCCACCAACACGACAAGAGAGAGGAGGGAGCUCAUCCUUAGUUUUGCUAAGGAUAAUUCAUACAAGGUGUUUUUUGUUGAAUCGAUAUGCGACGAUCCCGACGUCAUCGCAACGAAUAUCCUGGAUGUGAAGGUGUCCAGCCCAGAUUACCCUGAGAGGGACCGAGAAAGUGUCAUGGAGGAUUUUCUGAAGAGAAUAGAAUGUUACAAAGUGACCUACAAACCUUUGGAUCCGGAUGAACACGACAAGAACCUCUCCUUCAUCCAGGUCAUCAAUGUCGGCCGUCGUUUCUUGGUCAACAAGGUGCAGGACUACAUCCAGAGUAAAAUAGUGUACUACCUCAUGAACAUCCACGUGCACUCCCACUCCAUCUACCUCUGUCGGCACGGAGAGAGCCAUCACAAUGUGGAGGGACGCAUCGGGGGAGACUCUGAGCUGUCGGAGAGAGGGAGACAGUUUUCGACAGAACUGAAGGAUUUUGUUCAGGAGCACCAUCUGUCAGACCUGAAGGUUUGGACGAGCCAGCUGAGACGCACCAUUCAGACGGCAGAGGAGCUGGGGGUUCCCUACGAGCAGUGGAAGAUCCUUAACGAAAUAGAUGCUGGAGUGUGCGAAGAAAUGUCCUAUGAAGUUAUUGAGGAAACGUACCCAGAGGAGUUUGCCAUGAGGAAACAGGACAAGUACCAUUACCGCUACCCAGGAGGAGAGUCCUACCAGGACCUGGUCCAGCGGCUGGAGCCCGUCAUCAUGGAGCUGGAGCGGCAGGGCAACGUUCUUGUCAUCUGUCAUCAGGCCGUCAUGCGCUGUUUGCUCGCAUAUUUUCUAGAUAAGAGCGCAGAUGAUCUACCCUACCUGAAGUGUCCCCUGCACACAGUCCUCAAACUCACCCCUGUUGCUUACGGUUGUAAAGUGGACAUGUUUGACCUGAAGGUUGAGGCUGUCAACACUCACAGAGACAGACCAUUAAAUGCCGUGCCGCCGGCGUUCAUCCGACGAAACAGCUUCACCCCGCUGUCCAGCAAGGACCAGAUUAAACGACCUCGCCUUUACAGCAUGGGCAACCCUCCACAUGCCCGCAUGUCCCAGGCCCCUACUUUACCCAGCAUGCAGUUCUCUGAGGCGUCCGAGGGGGCAGAGGACUCGGUAAACGGGUUCAGUGCAGCAGACACAGGCGACUGUGUUCGGAACUAAAGAACCACAGAAUGAGGCUUUUCCUCCACAUGGAUGUAUCACCAGUUCUGAGGACCCGCAGUAAAAUGCUCACCAGCUUCAGCCAUUACAUCCUUAAACAAUGUAUCUGUGUAACCAUGUAUGUGUUAACUCUUUGUUUUUUGUGGGAUAGGUUAUGUUUGUGUUAGUAAGUGUGCACAUACAUACAUGAACUCAAUGCCUUUGCACAGAAGCCUUCAUAUCUAGGCUUUGAUCCAGCUCAGAUAUAUAAGAAUGUAGAUAUUUAUAGGAAGUAGAAACUCUGAAAUCCCAUCCAUUAGUUCCCAGCGCACUCCAGAUACUGUAGUCUACAGUCAUAUGAUGCUGGAUUAGAUGUAGAACAUGUUGAUUGUGAUUUUAUACCUCAAUGGAAGCGACUUGCCUUUUAGUUUUAGUGUAAGAGAGUGUCUCUCUUAAAGGAAGCCAUGUAAAGCCGUAGUUUUUCCUCAUAUUCUUUCUUUAAGAUCAACAUUCCCAGGUGAUCUGCACCCUCUCUCUCGGUUGGUUUGACAAGAUGUCGUAAUCAUUUUAUUUUGAAGUGUGAUUUAAAGCAUAUUAAGCUUGCAAUGAUCAGACACAAGCUGUAAAGAAAUGUUUUGUCUGGCUUUGUAAAAAACUGUGACAUAAUUCUGUUAUUGUCUUUAUUUGUGUUUGCCUUCCACUCAAAUAACAGCUUUAAUAUAAUCAGCUGUCCACUGUGUUAAUGUAAAGCUGAUGACAUUUGAGUUUCAUGAAACUGAUGCAAAUAUUUCUAACACAAAGUGCUAUUGAAUUUGAAUGCCUUUUAAUUCUUCAUAGUUAAAAUACAUCAACCAUGUACUCCUGAUGCAACAAAUAUACUGUAUGCCAAUUACUAGCGUCAUAGUAACCACAUGGAUAACAUCUAUUCGCAUGACUUUGAUUUGUAUAUCAGCAUGUUCAAUAUUUCGAAAAAGGUUCCUUUAUUUAAAGGACAACAAGGCUGUGACAAAAGGAUUGAAUGUGUUAAAAAGAGCUUAAAUGUCAUUGCGCACUGUACAG